AUUGCGGGCUGGAAAUGUCUGAUUUCUACAGCGAUGUUGAUUAUUUUGUUAUUGACUGUUCUCACUGUCUACCUUGUUUAUGAGUUGUAUUGGAAGCGGAGGAACUUUCCACCCGGGCCAUGUCCGCUGCCAGUUUUUGGGAAUUUGUUGUCUAUCGCGAAUCCACCACCGGGGUAUGAAGCGUUCGAGAGAUGGACUAAGAAAUAUGGAGAUAUUUAUACUUUCUGGAUUGGUAACACUCCUCACAUCAUGAUCAACACAUGGGACAAGAUCAAAGAGACAUACAUCCGUGACGCCGAAACCUACACGAAUAAGGUCCGACUACCUGCGUUGGACCUGUUCCGCGGUGGCGAGUACGGAAUCAUCGACUCGAAUGGUGCCACUUGGCGAGAGCACAGACGAUUCGCACUUUCUACGAUGCGAGAUUUUGGUCUUGGGAAAAAUUUGAUGCAGGAAAAUAUUCUGAUGGAGGUGCAGGAUGUUUUUGCGAGGCUAGAUGCAAAACUGGGAUCCGAGACCGAUAUUCCAGAAGUUUUUGAUCAUGCUGUUGCAAAUGUGGUUAAUCAACUUCUUUUUGGAUAUCGCUUCGUGGGGCCCAAAGAAAGUGAAUACCAAGAAUUGAAACGAAUUAUUGAGGCACCCACUGAUCUAUUCGGAAAACCACACAUGUUCCUUGCCAUGAACAUUCCAGUAAUUGCAAAGCUGAUGCCAGAAUUUAUGUACGAAGGGCCAUUCAAAGACUUCCGAGAUACUGCAUUUGCAUUUUUCAAUAAGCAAAUUGAGGCCCAUCGGCAAGAAGUUGAUUUGAAUGAUUUGAACUCGGAGAGCACAGAUUUCGUAGAGACUUUUUUGAAAGAGCAGAAAAGACGUGAAAGCGAGGGUGAUUCGGAGACUUUCAGUAAUGUCCAACUUUCAAAUGUUUGCAUGGACCUUUGGUUCGCGGGUCUUAACACUACAACUAAUACAAUUACAUGGGCAAUCAGCUACAUUUUGCAUCAUCCAGAGGUUCAGGACAAGGUUCAUGAGGAAAUGGACAAAGUGAUUGGAAGUGAUAGACUUAUCACCACAGCUGAUAAAAAUGAUCUACCGUACUUCAACGCGUUUAUCAAUGAAGCGCAACGUGGAAUCAACAUUGUCCCUCUGAACCUCCAGCACGCAACCACCCGUGAUACUGUAAUAAAUGGGUUCAAAAUCCCGAAAGGGACUGGAGUGGUCGCCCAGAUUAGUACUGUUAUGAAUAAUGAGGAAGUGUUUCCGGACCCGCACACUUUCAAUCCAGACAGAUUUAUUGAUGAGCACGGAAAAUUGAAGAGAGUCGAGGAGCUCGCCCCGUUCUCAGUUGGAAAACGAAGUUGCCCGGGAGAAGGACUCGCUCGAAUGGAGCUUUUCCUUUUUAUUGCCAAUUUUUUGAAUAGAUACAAGAUCUACCCAUCUAAGGAGGGCCCACCGUCAAUGGAUAAGAGCAAUGGAGCCCUGAUUGCUCCGAGAUUAUUCUCCGCGACUUUAAAGAGAAGAUCAUAAAUUUGCAUUGUUUUUUGUUUGUAUAAAUUUUCUCAUCUUGCUAAACUAAAUAAACUGCAUUUAU